CCAGUGUACUGCAGCAUGUCACCAGCAGGUGGCGCUAUUGCAUCAGACGAAUCAGGUCAGACGGUUCAGUUUCGAUUCUACUGCAAUCCUCCCAAAGUGACUGCUGCUCAGUUAGAGAGGAAGCCUUCUACAACCGACACCGACAGGAUGGCCGAAACGGAUCAGACCUGGACCGACAUCUUUGAGAGUAAGACCAGUGAUCUUAGAGAAGGGGACUCUUGGUGUCUGGAGUUUCAUAAAAGUCUGGAUCCGGAAAGACCAGACCCAGGCUGGCAGACUUACAUCAGGAACACAAGCGCCAGGUUCAAGUGCAGCAAGUGUGGAAGAACCUGGCCGUCCAACCGGGUGAUGGUGGUCUUCCACAUGCAGCUGAGAGAGGGGCGGGGCGUCGUCAAGGUGAUGUGUUUCCGUCAGAACUGCAAGAAGUGUAACGAUGCCCCAAUGGAGAAGCCCAAAAUCAAUUCGGAGAACAUCGACAUCCUCCUGGAGAACCUGGUGGAGAAGAUCAGGAUCAAAUGCUACCAUGAAGACAUGGGCCAGUUAGAACGCCAGUUUGAACGCCUAGUGGUCAAGAGUCCCCACGAGCCGAGCCACUGUGAGGCCUGUCUGAAAGGCUAUUGUAAACAAGGGACGGGAGCCAAACCUCCCUUUAAGUGAAGGAAACUUUAAACAUGUUCAGAAAUGACUGAUUUUAUUUUAUUCUUAAUUUAUAAAGAAGGUUUUGUCUCUGGACGUUCGGUGUUAGACCGGAAAGAUUUCAAUGUAAAGACUUGUAUUUGUUUGAUUGUAUUUCACCUUCUGUCAUGUUAAUAAUCUGAUGCAGUCAGUGUCUGUAAGGUAUGUUAGCUCACAGGCGUUCAACAAUCCUCUGAGAUUCAAAUAAAAAGCUUUCAAAAGUCAAAA